GUCGUGAAUAUGUGAGCGCACAUCCGAAAAUGUCUCCGACGGCUCGGCCGCGUUUCUUUUUCCAUUGUGGCGCGCCCUCGUCCGCCCCGCAGAGCAAGCAUGAGCGCACGAGAGUCGAGACCGACUUGGACCAAAGACUCAAAGUUAGCCCUGCGGUUCAACAAGUUCAUUUGCUGGCCUCUGGGCAUUUGGCCACUCGACUACGACUCGGCAUUUUCACACUUCCGAUUGGUGUUUUCUUUCUUGACACAGUUAUGGCUCAUAUGCGUUCAAGUGACACCGGCUUACUUGAAUUGCGGAACAGCGAGCGACGUUGUCGAUUACGUCAUGAUGUCGGUUUGCGCUGUCAUGGCCAUUUCCAAAAUUGUAACUUUCCGUGUGCACAUGAAUAAGCUACGCACAGUUUUCAUUUCUGCGAUGAACGACUGGUCAUCUGUAGAACAUGACAGUGAUCGAACUAUCAUGAGAUCUUUUGCCAAAACCGGACGACUGGUAUUUAAAUUACAAAUAGGCUUCUCUUACGUGUCUAAUACGCUCAUCAUAAUUGGUACUCUGCCAUUUUUCUUACCGCCGAUCUCUACGAAUGAAACUCUCGUCAACAGCAGUAUCACAACGGAAAUGGCCGUAACGAGAGAACUACCAGUAAAAAGUGGCUGCCUGUUUGGGCAUUACAGGGAUGAGAUUUAUGGAUUGUUCUAUGUAUACGAAAGUAUCAUGAUAUUCAUCACAGCAAACGGCAAUGUAGGUUGCGACAUCGUUUUAUUCAGCUUACUGAUGCAUCUGUGCGGGCAAAUCGAGCUAAUCAAACAAAAUUUACGAGAAACCGACGUUGCUGCUGUAUGCUCGACGGAGUCGCAAGAAAAAAUCUUGAAAUUCAUUCAAAAGCACGUGCGAAUACUGGAUCUAGCUAAAUCUUUAGAAAUCGCUACUUCGGGAAUGUUGGUGAUACAACUGUUUUGCAAUGCCGGCAUGAACUUGAUGCUGGGUCUUCGUAUACUGAUGGCAUUAAAAAACAGAUUGAUUGCUGACGUUAUAAGGCUGAUAUUUGCCUUAUUCGUCCUGAUGCUUCAACUUUAUUUGGUCAGUUAUGCGAGUGACUACUUAUCGAGGCAAUCGGAAUCUGUUGUCGAUGCUCUCUACGAAAGUAGAUGGUAUGAGCUGCCACCGAAAUUACGAAAAAACCUUUUCUUUGUGGCAAUGAGAGCUAAUAAACCGGUCAAUUUGGUGGCCGGACAAUUUUACGCUAUAAAUAUUGAAAAUUUUAAAAAUAUUUUGAAGGCUUCUUUUUCUUACUUUUCAGUUCUCAGGAUAAUAUUUGAUAAUUAGGCUGAUAUAGAGAAUUAAUUUUUGAAUAAAGUCGACAACUUGUAUUGGAAUAGCAAUUUGACUUGUCGAAGGCGAUAUCAAGCGGAAAUAAAUGUAUUUUCGUUGGAAAAAAUAUUUCCAAAAGCGCGCUGGAUAAAUAUUCUCAAAAUGCUCAAAUUUCUUUGCUUUCAACGUACAGAUUCAAAGUUAAUAAA